AUGUCGCAUUUUGAAUCGCCGUCCCUCAACCUCGUCGGAACACUCGCGGCACAGAAGACUUCGAUGCAAGUGAGCAUCUUGUUCCCAAGUGGUCUCUGGCUUAACAUAACUAUUGAGUCACUAACUACGCCCGCUCAAGCCUGCACAAUCUUUGCACCAGGGACCCAGUAUACGGUCGAAGCAACACAUCAAUGCCUUUAUCGUCGUAUGCUUUACGAUCGUCUUAGGCAGGUAGUACCGCUACUCAUCCGAGACGGUGAUCUAUGCUGGUUCCUUACCAUUAAUAAAGAUGACAAUCCUACGGAGUCUUGUCUUUUUCAUGGUGCUAAACUAGAAUUGAAACCCCUCUCGAAGUACAUUCCAGAGUACGGAUUCUGCUUUGCAAGGUCCGCGUUUGUCAGUGAGCGGGACCGAUUCAACCCGAGGGCUACCCGGUCGGGCUUCUGGGAGGAGUGGACUCAGCGGCAACCUUCUGAUGUGGAGAGACUGCUGAUCAAUCGAGAUGGCUGGGAGGCUCUAUACUUUGUCCAGCCUCCAGCCUCGUGCUCGGACAUCACAGUUAGUCGUCUAAGGGAUGAGUUAUGUAACAGUCUACAGAUAAUAGACCCAGGAAGACUCUCAUUUACUUCAGGCCCCUAUACGUGGAAUUCAGCAUUCCAGGAGGAUGGUCGAUCGUUCUAUGAGACGUAUUUCACGCAAGACAUUGUCGUCGAUUCAAGACAUAUGGUCACAGCCGAAAAAUCGGCAUUGGUAUAUGUCACGGAAAACCAUAUCGUCUAA